AUGAGUAAUUAAUAGGGACCAGAAGAUAACAAUUUAGAAGAUGAUAUGGCAUAUUUACCUGCAGAUCAUCCUCUUCUUGCUAAACUUUAAAUUGAUUUGACGAAAUAAUUGACUGACGAACAUGAAAGGGUUGAUCAGAAGCUUAUUGAAAUAGAUGCAAAUUUGAAAAAACUUGAAAAAACUAAAGAAGAUAUUGGUGUUCGUUUAUAUUCAGUCCAACAACAAUUAGCAGAAAAUCAAAUGAAUUUUGAAUAAGCUCAUGAAAAUUAUAAUUGGGUUUAAAAAUUAAGAAUUGAAGCUGAAUAAAAAUUAAAAACAGAGAGCGAAGUGUAUGACGCUAAGAAAAAGGAGUUGGAGGAGUUAAGAAAAAAAUAUUUGAAAGCUUAAGAUGAGCUUUCUAAAUUAACUAGAACUCUUUAUUAAAUAAAUGAAUUUAAUCAAUAAAUGAAGGGUUAAAUUAUAAAUACUAAGACUAACACUUAUAGAGCUGAAGAAAAUGUAGUUAAUCUUGAAGCAUAAAAAAAGAAACAAGAUUUAUUAAUUGAUACAAUGAAUGAAGAAAUUAAACGUUAGACUGAACAAAAGACUAUCUUAACUGCUUAAUUAAUUUCCUAAAAGGAAGAAACAGAAUAGGCAAAAUAAAUUCUCAAAGAAGCUCAUUUGGAAAUGCAAAAAAUUAUUGCUUCUAAGAAGAAUUUAUUAGAGAGAUGGUAAAAGUCUCUUAUGACUAUGUAAAGAAUGGACAACGCCUUGCAAGCCAUUAAAGAAGCUCUCAAGGGAUAACAAGAACUUAACCUUCAAAUUGGAACUGAAUUAAAUGGUGUAAAUGCAGAAAUCAGGAAGGAAACUGAAAUUCAAGAAAGUUUAGAAGGCAAGAAUAAGAAAUUCGACUAUGAAAAGGAUUACCUAUAGAAGAAAUACAAUGAAUUGCAAGAAGAAAAAAGCAAACUUGAAGCCUAAAUUAACCUGCUUACAUAAUCUCUACGUUAAACAGAAACUGAAGCAGGAAGAGCUGAGAUCGAUAAGAGAAAUAUAGAAGAUUAAAUGAAUUUAAUUGAAACUAAUAUUAUGAAACUUCACACAGAAACUAAAAAGUUAUGGGAAGAUUUGGUGCAUCAAAAGUCUGAACACACAACAAUCGAAAAGACUGCCACCAACUUAAAUAAAUAAGCCAAUCAAAUAUCAAUUGAAAUUGAAGAUAAAUCUGUUGAAUUAGAAAACUUGCUUAAUGAAAUUGCAAGAGUUAAGAUCGAUCAACUUAAUACUCUUUCUCAAAUUGAAGUACUUGAAAAUAAAAGAAGAGAAGUCAUCAAAGAAAGAGAAGAAAAAGAAAUUACUGUGGCUACUUACGAAGUACAAAUUAGACAAGGUCAUGAUUUAAAUGAAAAAAAGUAACACGAAGUAGGAAGAUUAAAUAGAGAACAUGAUAAGUUAAGCAGCGUCCAAAGUGAUAUGAGCAGAGGACCUCUUGAAGCUAAGAGAAAUAAUUUGAUUAGAAAGACAUAAGAACUGGGUAAAGAAAAUGAUUUGAUGCAAAGAGAGUGGAUAAAGAAGCAAACUUUGCUCGUUACCUAGAACAACAGAUUAAAUAAAAUUGAAGAAGAUGUUUCUCAACUUAAAACUAAAUAAACAAUCUUAGAAUAGAAGAAAUUACGUCUUAACAAUAAUUAUAGAAUCUAUGAAAAAGAUAUUCGUGAAAUUUAAAAUGCUCUCAAAAAUCUAAGAAAUGAAAUGAACAAACUCAAUGAUGCAAUUUACAGAAAUAAAGAAAAGCAACAAAAGUUAGAUAACGAAAAUUUCAACAUUAAAUCUGAGUUUGUUGAAAAGCUAAAAGAAUUAGAAAAAGAAUCUGUUAAAUUAGAAGUAGAAAUAGAUCGUUUAAAAGAAGAAAAGGCUGACUUACUUGCUGAAAUUGUUGAAUCAGAAAGACAAAUUUUACUUUGGGAGAGAAAAAUUUAAUUAGAAAAAGAAAUGCAAGAUGCUUUAGAUCCCACAGUAGGUUAGACUGAAAUUCAAGAACUUAAAAGAGAAAUCCAUCGUAUGGAACUCAGAUUGGAUGAUUUAAGAAAGAAAUAAGAAGCAAUCAUUGCAGAAAUGGAGAGAGCUGUUUAUAAGAGAGAAACUAUUUAAUUAAAAUACAUGAAUAAAGAUAAGACCUUUAGCAAUUCCAACUCUAUGAGUUAAAAAUCUUCUUCAAUCAGUGCAGCCUCUGAUAACUCUGCUUAAAUUACUAAAAAGAUUGCCCAACUAAAAACUACACUCAAUCAAACUACCAGAAAUGCUGAACAAAUGGAAAAAGCUAUUAAGAAUAAAAAAAUCGAAUUAGACGAUCUCAACGCAUAAAUUGAAGGAAACAAUGAUAAUUUACAGAAAUUAGAGUCUGAUUGCUAUAAUAAAAAUAUUGAACUCACAAAACACAAGCUCGAGAGAAGCACAAAUAUAUUAAGUAUUAGCUGUAUGCAAAAUAAAGCUAAAAAAUUAGAAGAUUUAGUUGCUGGUAAGGCAAGACUUUCUGUCCCUGAAGCUACAUUGAUGACUAAAUAUGAAGAAUUACGUGAUAAAAACCAAGAAAUAAAAGAAGCUCUUUAAAAAUUAUGUGAUGAUGCCCCUCAAUAUGUGGAGGUCUUGAAUUACCUAAUAGAUUUAAAUGUUGGUGAUGAUGAUGAAGACUAGGAAUAAUGA